AUGCCUAAAAUAUUAAAUAAAUAUUAUGCUGUUCAAGUUGAAUACAAAAAAGGAAUUUAUAAAAAUUGGAAAGAUUGUAAAAAACAAAUUCAUAAAUAUCCUGAUGCUUUGUAUAAAAAAUUUAAUACAAAGAAACAAGCUAAAGAAUAUAUUAAUGAACAAAAUCAAGAAAAAAAUGAAAACUUUGAACAAAUUUGGACAGAUGGAUGUUGUGAAAAUAAUGGAAAAAUAGAUGCAUAUGCUGGAAUUGGAGUUUUUUUUAAAGAUAAUGAUCUUAGAAAUUUAUCAGAGAAAUUACCUGGUACAAAACAAACAAAUAAUAGAACAAAGAUUUUUGCAGUUAUUAGAGCAAUUAAAAUUUUUAAAAAUAAUCAAGAUAUAAUUAUCAAUACAGAUA